ACGUCGUGUUGGCAUAUAUUUUUUUUUGUUUGUUUAUCAUUUGAAUCAACAAUCACGAUGAAAUUUUCACCAUUUUUUCUGCUGGUGAUCGCAAUAGUUUUGUCACAAUCAUCAUUCAUAAUCGAUGCAUUUAAAAUUCCAAAUCGUUUGAAUUCAAUAUCGAAAUCUAGAGAUUUUAAAGUGAAAUAUUUCCAUCAAAAGGUAGAUCAUUUUAGCUAUUCAAAUAAUGAUACAUUCGAACAACGUUAUCUGAUAUCGACCGAACAUUGGCAACCAGAUGGUCCUAUUUGGUUUUAUGCCGGUAAUGAAGGUGAUAUUUUUACCUUUGCCAAUAAUACCGGUUUCAUGUGGGAUAAUGCACAAGAUUUUCAUGCAAUGAUCAUAUUUAUGGAACAUCGUUAUUAUGGUACAUCGAUGCCAUAUGGAAAAAAAUCAUUACAAAAUCUUUCAUUUUCCGGUUAUUUGACCGUCGAACAAGCAUUGGCUGAUUAUGCGGAUUUUAUUGCCGAUAUUAAAAGAACAAUUGUUGGUGCUAAAAAAAGUCCAGUCAUUGUAAUUGGUGGCAGUUAUGGUGGUAUGCUUGCAUCAUGGUUUCGUAUUAAAUAUCCACAUCUUUGUGUUGGUGCAUUAGCUGCAUCGGCACCAGUGUUACAAUUUCCCGGUAUCUAUAAUUGUAAUGGUUAUAGUCAUAUUGUUACAGAAGAUUUUAAAAAUUAUUCACCAAAAUGUUCACAAUCUAUACGACAAUCAUGGAAUGCAAUACGUCGUAUAGCAAAAACUGAUGAUGGACUAAAAUUUUUAUCCAAUCAAUUUGAAUUAUGUGAACAAUUAACUAAACAACAAUUACAAUCAUUUAUUGAUUGGAUAACAGAUAUAUGGCAAACAUUACCAAUGAUUGAUUAUCCAAAUCCAUCUGAUUUUUUGGCCAAAUUACCAGCAUAUCCUAUUAAAAUGGUUUGUCAAUAUCUAACCGAACCGGAUGCUGAUGAUCGACAAUUGAUAAUGAAUAUAGCAAAAGGUGUAUCUGUUUAUACUAAUUAUAGUGGCAAUACUGAAUGUAAUCAGAUUAGUGAAAAUAAUGAUCGUUUAGGUAUUAGUGCAUGGAGUUUUCAAGCAUGUACCGAAAUGGUUUUACCAUUAUGUACAAAUGGUGUAAAUGAUAUGUUCGAACCAGAACCAUGGAUAUUUAAUGAUUUUUCGGAUGAUUGUCGAGAAAGAUAUGCAGUCGGUUCAGAACGAUAUAAAGCAUUAAUAAUGUUUGGUGGUAAACAUAUUGGCCAUACAGCAACGAAUAUUAUAUUCAGCAAUGGUCUUCGUGAUCCAUGGAGUGCUGGCGGUAUAUUGGAAACACUUUCGGAUACAUUGAUUGCAAUUAAAAUACCCGGUGCUUGUCAUCAUGAAGAUCUUCGUUCACAAGGACCAAAUGAUCCGAAAGUUUUGCUGAAAGCAAGAGAACAAGAAUUGGAAAUUAUUCGUGGAUGGCUACAAACAUAUUAUAAUGAUAAUCAAAUUGAAUUUAAAUUUUAAAAAUCAAUGGAUUUUUUUAUUAUUUUGAUUUCAUUGACAAAUGUUUUUUAAAUUAUUGACCAGAAAAAUUAUAAUAAAUUCCAAAUUGUUGGUUGCAUGACUAAA